AUGAAUAUUUAUAAGAUUCCGUCAGUUCUGCUACUGUUAUCCAGCCUCCUACUAAGCCAAGGUACCAAAAGUACGUCCGACUUUGAGUUCCACAAUGUAUUGAAACGACAAAUCGAUGGCUACAGGUACCCGAAACCCCUAGUACCAUUUCCGGAUAAUCCAAAAGUAUAUACCGCAGCGCCACCGAAGAGCACUGGAUACACUUAUCCAACACCUAAAGUGACAUUCACUUCUCCGCCUUCAAGACCACCAACUGCUAAAACCCCACCGCCACCAAAACCUACAACCAGUUACAGUUAUCCUACACGUAGAGUUACUUAUACUUAUCCACCUCCUACAUCAAAAAUAAUAACUCCAAGAGUAACUACGAGGCCACCAGUUCCACCUACAAGACCACAGAUUACUCCUGGUUAUAACUAUCCUACACCAAAAGUAACUUUCACGUAUCCACCUUUCACGAGAAGCACACCUAGAGCAACACCAACUACUAGAACAGCUCCACCACCAACAACACGACCAAGUCUUGGUUACACUUAUUCUACGCCAAAAGUUAUCAUCACUUAUCCAACCAGUACGACUACUAGAAGACCAUUCUCAACAGUUCGUACCACACCCCGUGUAGUUACAUCACCUUCUCCGAGAACAACGCCUUUUACUAGAGCAACAACUCCAUCUACUCCAGGUAUUUCUUACUUGCCACCACAAACUACAAGGAAGCCGACUACAACUCAAAGACCUGUAACUACGUCAAGACCGCAGAGCACUCCAGGUGUUUCUUAUUUGCCACCUCAAACCACUACUAGAAGGCCAACUACAACUCAAAGGCCAACUACGCAGCCUGUAAGAACAACUACACCUCAGAUCCGUACUACUAGAGUGACACAAAGAGUAACUACAACUACUAGAAGGCCUGUAACAACUCCAAGACCAAUUAUUACCACAAGACCUACUAUUGCAAGACCGCAGAGUACUCCAGGUGCUUCUUAUUUGCCACCUCAAACCACUACUAGAAGGCCAACUACAACUCAAAGGCCGACUACAAGGCUUGUAAGAACAACUACACCUCAGCUGCGUACUACUAGAGUGACACAAAGAGUAACUACAACUACUAGAAGGCCUGUUACCACUCCUAGACCAGUUACUACUCCAAGACCAGUUAUUACCACAAGACCUACUAUUGCAAGACCACAGAGUACUCCAGGUGCUUCUUAUUUGCCACCUCAAACCACUACUAGAAGGCCAACUACAACUCAAAGGCCGACUACAAGGCCUGUAAGGACAACUACUCCUCAGUUGCGCACUACUAGAGUGACACAAAGAGUAACUACAACUACAAGAAGGCCUGUAACAACUCCAAGGCCUGUCACCACUCCCAGACCAGUUACUACCCCUAGACCAAUUAUUACCACAAGGCCUACUACUGCAAGACCACAGAGCACUCCAGGUAUUUCUUACUUGCCUCCUCAAACCACCACUACAACUCAAAGGCCGACUACAAGGCCUGUAAGGACAAAUACUCCUGAGUUGCGUACUACUAGAGUGACACAAAGAGUAACUACAACUACUAGAAGGCCUGUAACAACUCCAAGGCCUGUCACCACUCCCAGACCAGUUACUACCCCUAGACCAAUUAUUACCACAAGGCCUACUACUGCAAGACCACAGAGCACUCCAGGUAUUUCUUACUUGCCUCCUCAAACCACCACUACAACUCAAAGGCCGACUACAAGGCCUGUAAGUACAACUACUCCUGAGUUGCGUACUACUAGAGUGACACAAAGAGUAACUACAACUACUAGAAGGCCUGUAACAACUCCAAGGCCUGUCACCACUCCUAGACCUGUAACUACGCCACGACCAGUUACUACUUCAAGGCCCACUACUGCAAGACCACAAAGCACUCCUGGUAUUUCUUAUUUGCCACCUCAAACUACCACUAGAAAGCCAACUACAACUCGAAGGCCUGUAACAACUCCACAAGCCACAACUACCACAAGAAGACUCACUCUUCGUCCUUCCACUCCUGGUCCCAAAUACCUACCAGCAGCACGAAACUCAAUUUUUGCCUAA